GCUGAUUGUGAUAAGUUCGAAAACAGGUGUGCUGAGGAGUUAUGUGACGCAGGUUCGGGCAAAAAUUCUUCUUUAAGGCUACUACUGUUAUCGAACUUUAUUCAUUAUUAUUUUUGAUAUAAAUAUAAGAGUUUAGCUUCGUGGGAAAAUGUUUUGUAGGUCAGUUUGCCGGAUACUUUUUUUCUUAAAUCUCCCAUGGUCACCCCUUAAAAGGUGAAUGGAAUAGAAUGGAUGUUUAUUAUUAAGUCUACAAACUGAAGCUUCGCUUUUGGCUUUGUUAAAUCUGUAUAUUAUUAUAUGGAUUUAAUGUAUUCAGUGUUACAAUAGAACCUGUUUACAGAUUGAAGUAUACGAAAUAAGCACUGUCGUCAUCGAUUAACUUUGACUGUUAUUCUUGUAAUCAGAGAAAAAAAAUCCAUAGAGCCUUGGUUAUUGGACAAGGCCUAUCACACUUUUGUGAGCAACUAAAAGAACUGCUUCAGAAAAGAAAUGUUGCAGUAAGUUAUAUUAAAGCGUGCGCCCUAGUAUUUAUUAGAAGACGAUGGCUCUUGGUCGACUUUCAUCAGUUAGGUUAAGAUCGUCUGAUAGUUUAAACGUCGAACUUAGGACGCGUCGAACCAGUCAACUGAAUCAGACCUACAAGAAAUUUUAGCCGGCCAGCGGGUGUUUCUCCCGAACGAGGCUAAAUUUUCCUUAUCGUCUGAAGCAGCCGAGACGGAUAGAACGUCUGAAGAUCGUCUCCGGGACAAACGUCGAUCUUCACAUGUGACGAACUAAACUACCAAAUUAAUCAUUUGUAUGAUGAUGUAUAUUUAUUUCGCACGUUAGGCGACCUUUCAUUCCGAUCUGUCAGCGGAAAAACAAGAUUCCUUCGAAACAUCAGCGGAGCAGUUGGUAAGCACAUCCCUGUAAUCCCUGUACUAUUGACAUCUAGUGAGGGGGCUAAAUAAAUGAGAAUACAAUUGAAUACAAUGACAAUACAGUUAUAUUGUAGAAAGGCAACGCAGCGAUUACUUCACGUAGCUCAUAUACAUGAGGGACUUUAAGAUCCAAAGACGCGAAGGCAACGAGAACGUCGCCUAAAAAGUGAAUUUGCGUUCUUUCAGUCUUUCAGCAAUUAUUCCUACCCAAUUACUUUGUCAAAUGUAGGCGAAUCCUCCUGGAGAUGAAUUCCAAUGGACCAUUUCCAAGUUCAGAAAGAGAAAUAAAAUUUGGUCGUUGCUUGUUGACAUAAUCCAUAAAACGCGAAAUUAGGCAAUUUCACGUCGUAGUCGGGCAAAAACGGCAAAGAAAUGUACCAAUAAGUGUGAUGCACGUGCAAAGUUGUUGUUUUGCUUAUAUAACCUAUUGUUUUAUUACGUUCUCGUUUCCGUCCGCGUCGUUGGAUCUUAAAGUACCUAUUGUUACGCAAAACAUACUUGUGACAGUAUGUCAAUCGUCGCUCUGACCUCAAGGCAAAACAAAGAAAGACGGGAAAAAAAUGAAAACAAGAAUUCAUAGGAACGUGGAAUUAGUGGCACUGGAAAGAUAAUAAUGAUUCUUGAAUUGUCUUGGCAGAUAUCCGAGGCUAGCCACGACAGUGUAUCUGUUGUUUUUGCUCUCGAUGAUAAAACGUCCUCCACGGUAAGGUACCUUAUGAUACGUUUCUCAUCUGUUGUUAGUGUUCAUAUUGCCAUUCAGUCUCAUCUGCCAUUUUUUUUUAAAAUAUAGUGACCCUGUUAACGGGAGAAUGUUUUUUAGCAUGGGCGCAUCUGUAGGCGGAAAACGCUACUGUCGGGUGGACGCUAAUACUAGGCGGAAAUCCCUCACUUCUCAUUGCCAGAAAUUAGGGACAAGAUGGCGGUUGCGCGUGCGCACUAAGGCCACAAUGGCUGCGAAUUCGCAUAAGAAAAUGUAUGGAGAUAAGGAAACUUUUUCAAAUAUAUCGAUUAUGAGCUCACGGGUGUUCGGUGCACGACUCGAAACAUGUUAAGUGCUGUGUAACCUUUGCAUCUGGGUUAAAAAUAGCUAAUUAGAAGUAGGUUUACCUACUUCCCGAAGUGGCCACUUUUAUCUCUCGUUGUACGCUCCAUUUCUCCAUACAUUGCCUUAAAAUCUUGCCGAAGUCAUGCGAAAUACUCGUCGAUUAGAGGAUAAACCCUUCACUGAAGUAAAUUUGCACGACUCGAUAUUACUUCUGCGAUGGAAGAUGCUUCCAAAACAGUCGUUAAAAGGACGAUUUUUGCACUGGAAAAUACUUCCAAAAGGCGCGUUAUUUCCCUCAGUUUUCCAUCUGUAGUCCAGUAAUGGACGCCAUAGUUGCGAAUGACACAUUUCGGUCGGACAAAGCUUCACAACUCCAAACCUCACCGAAUCGCCAUUUUGUUUGUUGCUAAAACUCCAGAGAUGCUUCACGGGAUAUAAACUAGGUUCCAGGCAUUCAAAAAUCCUCGAUUAGCCUACCAGGCUUGGUUUUAAAACAAAAUUGUCACGAAAAUGUCACGAAAAUGUCACGAAAGGUACAUCCGCGUACUGUUUUGUUGCUAUCAGCCGCUCGGCCGAGUAUAAACCUAACAUUUUCUUGCUAGGUGUUUUAUUCCAGCUUUUUUCCUCGUAAAACGGAUCCACAGAGCUCAAAUUAUUUUAAAAAAUCGCAGGGGAUACGCUUUCCCUGACUACGAUCGUUUUUGUCCGCCAUUUGGAAAUGAGAUUCCGCUGACAAUUAAUCACGGGCGCGAAAUGUCCACGAUUUCUGGCAAUGACUGUAUGGGAACUUUGCUUUAAGACAGGAACGCCAUGUAUUGGACACUACUGUAAGGUAGCCUUGUUAAGUGGACACCCAUCAAGGUCGAGCAGACAGCCCCUUAAUGUGGAUACACUGUAAGAUAUAUAGACACCACUCUAAUCCGAGGUACCCCUCCAGCAAAGGCUCUUCUGUGAGUCGACACCCUUGUAGGCUGGUUGCCUCCGUGAGCCAUUGUAAGGUGUACAGCCCUGUAAGCGGACGCACAAAGAAACAACGACGGCGACGGCUAGGAAAACCUGACUUAAGAAGUGAAUUCGCGCUGCCUCAAACUUAAUCGCGCUCAUUCCAUCUCGUUUAAUUCGUCAAAUGUUAGCAAUUUUUUUUUUUUGAAUUUAAUCCUAUAUAUCUAAAGGACUGCAUCAAAGUUCAGGAAAAGAAGAGCAAAGUUGUUGUCUCCUGUUCCCGUCCUCGACAAAACGUGAAAUUACUACAGGCAGUUUCACGUUGUAGUCGUGCAACGAUGGCAGAGAAAUGUACAAAAAAGCGUGAUCCACGUGCAGAGUUGUUGUUUUGCCAAUUUAAACCUAUUACGUUAUUGCCGGUGUCGUUGCGGUUGGUGUCGUCAUUGCUUAAGCUCCAUAACCGUUCGAAAAUGUGUGAAGUUUUAUAAUUGGUUUCGGCUUGAUUUAAUCAUUUACCACUUGCACAACAUGUGUUGGGAGGAGCCAUGUGUUGAGAGGACAUAUUAUUGAGGGAAAAACGCAAAAUAAUUGUGAAGCAGAAAACGCAAAAUAAUUGUAAAGCAGACACAUCUACUCUUCUCUAUGAAAGGCCUAACUUAGUGGCUGUCUUUUACUAACCAUGAACUAUGAUGCUUUUCUUUGCUUCAGGUUUGCGUACCAACAUUUGUGAUGCAGUUUACACAAGAAAUCUCACGAAAAUGCAAUCGUUGUCAUGCGAAAGAUCUUAGGUUGAUAAUUGUUAGAUUUUCAAACUGCAGAAAGAACUUCACUGAAUUCAAGGUUGGUUAAGGUGUCAUUAGAAUCCCGGGCCCUAUGUAGUGAUGGUCACCCUCGAUAUGUAAUCAGUUAAAAUUUGCUUACCUGGACGAGACGUGUUUUUAGUUUAACUGAUAACAAAAGUUGUCUGUUAUAAGUCGAGAAAACUAGGGUAUCAUUUAUUUAUUUAUAUAUUUAUUUAUAUAUUCUCACGCAUUUUCAAAUUACAGUUCCACCCACAAAAGGCAAAAGCUAAUCAAGGCCGGUGGAGAUUCCUUAUUAUUUCUAGCCAAUUCACAGAGUCGCCUACUUUACCAUUGUGUAGCUUAGUGCAGCAUCAAUAGUAUGCAUGCAUCCCAAACUAUAUGGAUCCUCGUUUAUGCUGUGGUCGCCUCAACGAUUCUGCAAAGCUGCAAUUCAUAGGCAUUGCCUUGGGGUUCGGAAAAUGCUGGGUGGUAUCGGCUUUCCAAUCUUGUGUGUGUUUGUUUACUUAUAAACUCGAUCAUCUUUUUUCCAGUUAACUAAAGUUGAACAAGUUUUUCACUUUGUUUUACGAAACAUUUAUUUUUUGCCACUCGACAGCUUGCUAUAGAGGAAAUGAAGUCACGUGUUCAUGAACAGGGUGCUAUUUGUUUUGGUGUAUUUGUCAGCCCAGGCCUCAAUAAUCACAGGGUACAGUACAUUAUUCAUUUUACCUCUUUGUAGCGAACGUCACAGGAAUAUUUAAAAAAAUUACAUAGUCUAACAACGUUCUAUGUUGUCGUUUUUAACUGGUGUGAAAAUUUGUAGUCAAAUUACAGGCCUUAAGAGAGUGUUACUACUUUUAUUCAAACUAAAACCAACAAAACCUAACGGUGACUUGCCAAUCCCCAGUGCCCAUUGCUACGUAGAGUUCAAAAGGGCUCUAUGUUAAUUCAAGGCUUAUUCUGGACGUUACUCUGCGAGCAGAGGUUUGUCCGUGGUGCAUGGCUUUUACGCCCCAGGGCGUAAACAAGCCAACUAUGCGAACGACUUCGUUUACAAAAGGUAGCUUUCGUGUUUGGUGGGGUUGAAUCCCAUGUUAUAACCACUAAAGGAUAUCUUGUAUUUCAACAGGAAAAUCCUGACAAUUCAAAGCUGGCGGAAAAGGCAGCCGAAUUGACAAUCGGAACCUUGCUGGAUGUGCCCCCAAUAUUUAAUGGACAGACAUUCGACGCAAUAACGUGA